AUGCCCUUAAAAUCUGAUGACAUUUUCGUUGCCAGUUUUCCACGGUCAGGAACUACGUGGACACAAGAGCUAGUUUGGCUAUUAGCAAAUGACUUAGACUACACUAAAGCUGCUGCCAUACCUCUUUCAGCAAGAUAUAUAUUCUUGGAAUUAUCAAUGUUUAUGAGUAAGAGUCUUCAAGAGGAACUCUUAAAGCACAAUUUCGGAAAUGAGGAGGUGAUUAAGGUUAUAAAAUUAAUGGGCACGCCCGGUACACAACUGGUCGCACGAAAACCAUCACCUCGAUUUAUUAAGACCCACUUGCCAAUGACUCUACUCCCUCCCACGUUGCUUGAUUCCACCAAAGUCGUGUACGUGGCACGUGACCCACGUGACGUAGCCGUUUCAUAUUUCCAUCAUUCGAAGCUGUUUAAAGCAGGUCCAUUUAGCGGCGACUUCAAGACCUAUUGGAGUUAUUUUAUCAGAGGCAUGGUUCCAUGUUCACCCUACUUUGAACAUAUAAAGGAGGCAUGGCAGAUGCGUAACCACCCGAACAUGUUAUUUUUAUUCUACGAGGAGCUAUCAAAGGAUUUACCUGCUACCGUGCGAAGAGUUGCAGACUUUCUCGGAAAGCAAUAUAGUGAUGAACAAAAUGAGGGUCUGUGCUCACAUCUGAAAUUCGAUAAUUUUAAGAAAAACCCCUCAGUCAAUAUGGAUGAGCUAAAGCACUUGGGGAUGUUGUCCAAAAACGAGUCAUUUAUCCGGAAAGGAAAAUCGGGAGGUUGGCCUGAAUACUUUGACGAAGACAUGACUAAAGAGGCCGAGCGCUGGAUUUCUGAUAACUUGCGCAACACCGACUUACGUUUUCCUUCUAAA